AUGACUUGGCAACCACCUAUAUUAUCACCCACUGGUAACGGACGUAACGGCUACACCAACGCCAUGGAAGGGGAGGAGGGAGGAGGAGAGGGAGAGGAGGAGGAGGAGGAGGAGGAAGAGGGGGGAGGGGAGGAUGGAGGAGGAGGAGAGGAAGAUAAAGAGGCGGCAUGGGAUGAAGAGCUGGACGGAGAGAACGAGGGAGGAGUGAGGAUGACGAGGACGGACACGCUGCACUCCACCACCAGCUCCACAGGAACCCAGAGGAGGAGGGGCCAGCACGCCAAGAAACAGAUCCAGGGCAGUAACCAGGUGCAGCGAGCUCCCAGAGCUCUGUACUGCCUCAAGCUCAACAAUCCAAUCCGACGCGCUGCGCUCUCCAUUGUUGAGUGGAAGCCGUUCGACAUCUUCAUCCUGCUGGCCAUCUUCGCAAACUGCGUCGCUCUGGGCGUCUCCAAACCCUUUCCUGAGGACGACUCCAACUCCACCAACCACGACCUGGAACAAGUGGAGUACGUCUUCCUCAUCAUCUUCACCGUGGAAACCUUCCUGAAGAUCCUGGCCUACGGCCUCGUCAUGCACCCCAGCUCCUACAUCCGCAACGGCUGGAACCUGCUCGACUUCGUCAUCGUCAUCGUCGGGCUGUUCAGCGUCGUCUUGGAAACGAUGACCCAUAAGUCCGGCGAGGUGGCGACCACGACGCACCACAUGCCGGGGAAGCCGGGCGGCCUGGACGUCAAAGCCCUGAGAGCCUUCAGGGUCCUGAGGCCCCUCAGACUGGUGUCCGGAGUGCCCAGCCUGCAGAUCGUGCUGAACUCCAUCAUGAAGGCGAUGGUUCCUCUGCUCCACAUCGCGCUGCUCGUUCUCUUCGUCAUCAUCAUCUACGCCAUCAUCGGCCUGGAGCUGUUCAUCGGCCGCAUGCACAAGACCUGCUACUACAUCAGGACAGAUAACUACGUGGAGGACGAGCCGGUGCCGUGCGCCUUCGCCGGUCACGGCCGCCAGUGCAUCAUCAACGGGACGGAGUGCCGGGGCCGCUGGGACGGGCCCAACGGAGGGAUCACCAACUUCGACAACUUCUUCUUCGCCAUGCUGACGGUGUUCCAGUGCAUCACCAUGGAGGGCUGGACCGACGUGCUCUACUGGAUGAAUGAUGCCAUAGGCUUCGAGCUGCCCUGGGUUUACUUCGUCAGUCUGGUGAUCUUUGGCUCGUUCUUCGUCCUGAACCUCGUCCUGGGAGUCCUGAGCGGAGAGUUUUCCAAGGAGAGGGAGAAGGCGAAGGCCCGGGGAGACUUCCAGAAGCUCAGGGAGAAGCAGCAGAUGGAGGAGGACCUGUGCGGCUACAUGGACUGGAUCACGCAGGCCGAGGACAUCGACGAGUACGACGAGGACGGAAACCCACGGCCGUCUCUGGGAGAUCUGUCAGACAAGAAGAGAGGGAAGUUCGGCUGGUUCAGCCACUCCAACGACACACACGCGAGUCUUCCUGCCAGCGAGACGGCUUCAGAGAACACGGAGAACAUCGACGAGGAACACGCCAACUGCUGCCAGGCCUGCUGCGCUCAGAUGAUGAAGUACAGCUGCUGUCGGACGCUGCGUCGGUGGAAUCGGGUCUGCAGGAGAAACUGUCGCACGGCCGUCAAGUCGGUGACGUUCUAUUGGCUGGUUCUGCUGCUCGUCUUCCUCAACACGUCGCUCAGCGCCUCCGAGCACUACAACCAACCUGAUUGGCUGACGCAAGUCCAGGACAUAGCGAACAAGGUGCUGCUGUCUCUCUUCACGGUGGAGAUGCUGUUGAAGAUGUACAGCCUGGGUUUGGCUCAUUACUUCGUGGCGUUCUUUAACCGCUUCGACUGCUUCGUGGUGUGCGGCGGCAUCGUGGAGACCAUCCUGGUGGAGCUGGAGAUCAUGCCGCCGCUCGGCAUCUCCGUGCUGCGCUGCGUCCGCCUGCUGCGCAUCUUCAAGGUCACACGCCAUUGGACGGCUCUGUCCAACCUGGUGGCGUCUCUGCUGAACUCCAUGAAGUCCAUCGCCUCGCUGCUGCUGCUGCUCUUCCUCUUCCUCAUCAUCUUCGCUCUGCUCGGCAUGCAGCUGUUCGGGGGGAAGUUCAACUUCGACGAGACGCAAACCAAACGCAGCACCUUCGACGCCUUCCCGCAGGCGCUGCUCACCUGCUUCCAGAUCCUGACUGGCGAGGACUGGAACGUGGUGAUGUACGACGGCAUCAUGGCGUACGGCGGCCCGGUGUUUCCUGGGAUGAUCGUGUGCGUUUACUUCGUCAUCCUCUUCAUCUGCGGAAACUACAUCCUGCUGAACGUCUUCUUGGCCAUCGCUGUGGACAACCUGGCUGGAGGAGACGGAGACGACAAGAAGAAACAAGAGAAGAAGGAGGGAGAGGAGGGAGCGGAGGGAGAGAACGAGGAGGUGAAGAUCGACGUGGACGAAGACACCGAGUACGAGGAGGAGGAGGUUCCCGAGGGAGACGAAGAAGGAGGCGUCCAGCUGAACAUUGCAGAUCUGGCUCCUCCUAAGGAGAAGGUUCUUCCCAUCCCAGAAGGCAGUGCGUUCUUCUGCCUGAGCAAAACCAACCCGAUUCGUGUCGGCUGCCACACUCUGAUCAACCAUCACAUCUUCACAAACCUCAUCCUCGUCUUCAUCAUCCUCAGCAGCUGCUCAUUGGCUGCUGAGGAUCCAAUCAGAGCUCACUCCUUCAGGAACAACAUUCUGGGUUACGCCGACUACGCCUUCACCUCCAUCUUCACCGUGGAGAUUCUGCUCAAGAUGACGGUGCACGGGGCGUUCCUCCACCAGGGCUCCUUCUGCAGGAACUGGUUCAACCUGCUGGACCUGCUGGUCGUCAGCGUCUCACUGGUCUCCUUCUUCCUGCACUCCAGUGCGAUCUCAGUGGUGAAGAUCCUCAGGGUCCUCAGGGUGCUCAGGCCUCUGAGGGCCAUCAACAGAGCAAAAGGACUCAAGCAUGUGGUCCAGUGUGUGUUCGUGGCCAUCAGGACGAUCGGGAACAUCAUGAUCGUCACGACGCUGCUGCAGUUCAUGUUCGCCUGCAUCGGCGUCCAGCUGUUCAAGGGUAAAUUUUACCGCUGCACAGACGAGGCCAAACACACACCUGAGCAGUGCAAGGGGACCUUUGUGGUGUAUAAGGAUGGUGAUGUGACUCACCCGAUGGUGAGAGAGAGGAUCUGGCUCAACAGCGACUUCAACUUCGACAACGUGCUGAUGGGCAUGAUGGCGCUCUUCACCGUGUCCACCUUCGAGGGCUGGCCGGCGCUGCUGUAUAAAGCCAUCGACGCCAACGGGGAGAACUCCGGCCCCAUCUACAACUACCGGGUGGAGAUCUCCAUCUUCUUCAUCGUCUACAUCAUCAUCAUCGCCUUCUUCAUGAUGAACAUCUUCGUUGGCUUCGUCAUCAUCACCUUCAGGGAGCAGGGGGAGCAGGAGUACAAGAACUGCGAGCUGGACAAGAACCAGCGUCAGUGUGUGGAGUACGCGCUGAAGGCUCAGCCGCUCAAACUCUACAUCCCCAAGAAUCCAGUUCAGUACAAGUUCUGGUCCAUCAUCAACUCGACCGGCUUCGAGUACGUCAUGUUCGUCCUCAUCCUGCUCAACACCGUCACGCUGGCCGUGCAGCACUACGAGCAGUCCAAGACCUUCAGCUACAUCAUGGACAUCCUGAACAUGGUGUUCACCGGCCUCUUCACCGUGGAGAUGCUGCUCAAGCUGCUGGCGCUGAGGCUCAGGCACUACUUCAUCGACGCCUGGAACUCCUUCGACGCCCUGAUUGUGGUUGGCAGCGUGGUCGACAUCGUGGUCACUGAGUUCAGUAGUGGGGAGGACAGCUCCCGUGUGUCAAUCACCUUCUUCCGGCUGUUUCGAGUGAUGCGAUUGGUCAAGCUGCUGAGCAAAGGGGAGGGCAUUCGUACGCUGCUGUGGACCUUCAUCAAAUCCCUGCAGGCACUGCCGUACGUUGCUCUGCUCAUCGCCAUGAUCUUCUUCAUCUACGCCGUCAUCGGCAUGCAGACCUUUGGGAAGAUCGCGAUGCAGGAUCACACUCAGAUCAACAGGAACAACAACUUCCAGACCUUCCCUCAGGCUGUGCUUCUCCUCUUCAGGUGUGCGACAGGUGAGGCGUGGCAGGAGAUCAUGCUGGCCAGUCUGCCGGGGAAACGCUGUGACCCCGAGUCCGACUACGAGCCCGGAGAGGAGUUCAGCUGCGGCAGCAACUUCGCCAUCGUCUACUUCAUCAGCUUCUUCAUGCUGUGUGCCUUCCUGAUCAUUAAUCUGUUUGUUGCCGUCAUCAUGGACAACUUUGACUAUCUGACCCGUGAUUGGUCGAUUCUGGGACCGCAUCACCUGGACGAGUUUAAGAGGAUCUGGUCUGAAUAUGACCCCGAGGCCAAAGGUCGGAUAAAGCACCUGGAUGUUGUAGCUCUGCUGAGGAGGAUCCAGCCUCCUCUGGGCUUUGGGAAGCUCUGUCCUCACAGAGUGGCCUGCAAGCGUCUGGUGGCGAUGAACAUGCCUCUGAACUCUGACGGGACGGUGACCUUCAACGCCACCCUGUUCGCUCUGGUUCGCACGGCGCUCAAGAUCAAGACUGAAGGUAACGUGGAGCAGGAGAACGAGGAGCUGAGGGUGAUCAUCAAGAAGAUUUGGAAGAGAAUGAAGCCAAAGCUGCUGGACGAGGUCAUCCCUCCUCAUGAAGAAGAGGAGGUGACGGUCGGGAAGUUUUAUGCGACCUUCCUGAUCCAGGAUUAUUUCAGGAAGUUCAGGAAGAGGAAGGAGAAAGGAGGAUUCACCGGAGAGCCCGACUCCACCAACCCGUCCGCUGUGCAGCUGUGUAAGGCCGGGCUGAAGACGCUGCAGGAUCUGGGUCCAGAGAUGCGUCUGGCUCUGAAUCAGGACUUUGAGGAGGAGGAGGAGGCCAUGAUGGAGGAGGAGGGACAGGAGGACGAGGCUCCGUACAAGAGUGAAAACGGUUACGGACCAGAGGCAGAUCGGCGAGGCUCCGUCAUAACAUCCCCUACUGGUCCGGGCGGCGUGGUGGGCGAGGGGGGCGUGUCCAACGGGGGUCUCAUCCACCGGGUCGGCUCGCUCUCCAAGAUGCCCAACGGAAACGAGCGCGACGACCUCCGUCGCCAUGGAGACGAGAGGAGGCCGUCCGUCAACUCACACCAUCAGCGCCGCCCGUCCGUCAAGAACGGCCUGCUAGACUCCGCCCACAAGAGGCCGGCGCACUACAAGUCUGGAAGGAGAGACUCCAGAGAGAGGAGUUACUGGAGGAAUGGAGGGAUGGAUGGAGACGUGGAGUCGUACGGAGGAGAGCAGGGCUACUACAGCAGAGAGGAGGACAACGACAGCAUCACCUCCAGAGACAGACAUUACCCUGACGAGCCGCCCAUGUACAGAGACCAGUAUGACAGCCACGCCCCCUACAGCAACAGUAGCUAUGGCAACAGCUACGAUGGCAGGAGGACCGCCCGGCGACGACUACUUCCUGCCACGCCCACAGGUCGGAAGCCGUCCUUCAACAUCCACUGUCUGAGGCGGCAGGGCAGCAGCGACGACCUGCCCAUCCCCGGGACCUACCACCCCACCUCGCCCCCCUCCAGGGCACGCACACAGACGUACGGCAGCUACGAGUCCCGUCACUCGUCCAGUCGCUCGUCGGUCGGCUCCUCGGCCUCUUGGGCGAACCCCUGCCCCCGCCGCGGCCGCCUCCUCUACGCCCCCCUCAUCCUGGUGGAGGAGGAGGGCAGCCCGCCCUGGGGAGGGGCGGGGCGGGAGGGGGUCAGUGUGACGGGCGCGGCCCCCAGACCGGCCUGGUACGGCGGCCCUGCAGGGACAUCAGGCCAGCCCCCGUACCGGGCCUACACCACGCUGCGGGUUCCCUCUCAGCUGGGCUCUCAGUUCAGUGAGAAGCGAGGCUCAGCCGACAGCCUGGUGGAGGCGGUUCUGAUCUCGGAGGGUCUGGGUCUUUACGCUCGUGAUCCGAAGUUCGUGGCGUUUGCGAAGCGGGAGAUCGCUGACGCGUGUCACAUGACGGUGGACGAGAUGGAGUCGGCGGCCAGCGACCUGCUGGGGACAGGAAGCCACGGUUUCCUUGGCAACGCCGACCCGGCGGCGCUCUACAGCGACGAGGAGCCGAUCAGGACGGGCCGCGACGAGGACGAGCUGGCCGACGAGAUGACCUGCGUGACCUCGUUCUGA